AUGACCCCGAUUACGUUGGCUCGACAUAGCCAGGCUCGCGGUGUCGCCCAGCGCAUUGCCAGGCAGGUGUCUGUCCUGGCGGAACAGCUGGCCAUCUUGCAAAGCAGCAGGGAGGCAUUUACCAGCGCGCUUCCAGAUGUAAGCGCCCCUGAGCCGGAACAGACGCUGCUCCAGAUGGAUGCAGCUGAAGGAAGAAGACCGGUCAGCGCUUCCAACGGGCCUGUGCCGGCAGGUGCGGGUGCAUCUCACAGGGAUCCAACCGAGGAGGGCGACGAAGGAAGUGCUCCACGCCCUCCAGUCGAGAUCACCUCCGGAUGGGAUGUCUUCAAUCCUGACGAUCAGCUGCUUGGGUUUGCACGCAGUAUAGGAAAUGGGGGCUGGGCAGUCUUAGCCAUCGCAAUGUGA